UGGGUGGUGGUGUUGUUGUGCGUGUGUUGUGUUGUUGUUGUUGUCCUUCCCUAACCUAACCACCACGUACUUCAUCAUGAUGGGGGUCCUGACCCUGUACACGUCGUACCAGGAGAAGAACAUCUUCCUGGUCUCUCUGCAGAAAGACCCGGCCGGCAUGGACCCGGACAACACCUGGCAGCUCUCCUCCUCGCUCAAACGGUCCGACGACCAGUACACGCUGAGGGUGUCCUUCAUCGACGGGAAGACGAGGGCCUGCCGGGAGGCGGAGUCCACGCGCUCCGUGGCGGCGUUCUUCGACGCCGGCGGCACGCUCGCCAUGGACCAGUUCGAGAGGUGCGUCUCCAACCUGCACGACACGCUGGCCUCGGACAGGAAGACCAAGUAACCACGACGACACGCUGGCCUCGGACAGGGAGACCCAGGACCGUGACCCGGGUCUCAGGUGGUUCUGCUCUCCUUUCAGAAUAAAAGCGCGGAGAGAAACUCCGUCACUGCAAAUUAGGACGACACGCAGGAAAUCCAAAACAACAAGAAAACCCCCGAAAUCUGAGAGGAAAGGUCUAACCCAUCGCCGCGGUGACGGAGUCUCUCUCUGACGUCAUCCACAGGAAAUGGAACCAAAUUUAUUUUAAUUUCAGUGAUUUUGUUGCUGUUUUUUUUAGUUUUUUUGUCUU